CUCUGGGGCUCUGGGCUCUGGGCUCUGGCCUAGCCUCCACUGUCUCCCAGUCCCCAGGUCCUCAUCGGCCUCCGGUCUUCUGGUCUCCCCAGAUCUCCCACCGGGGAACCCUACCCGAGCAUCAGCCAUGGCGAUCGCGGCGCGCGUCCUGCGCCGCCUCCCGCUCCACCUCUACCCCUCGCUCGCUCGCUCUUUCUGCGCAGUUUCCCCGGCCGCCGCCUCGGCCGCCCCGGCGUCCGCCUCGGCCGCCCCGGCGUCCGCCAAGGUCGCCGAUCGCAUCGUGCGCGUCCUCGCCAUCGAUCUCGAGGGGGCGCGCCGCGAGGUCGUCGGCCUCUCCGGGCAGACACUCCUCCGCGCGCUCGCCAACGCGGAGCUCAUCGAGCCGGCCUCCCACCGCCUCGAGGAUAUCGACGCGUGCUCCGCCGAGUGCGAGGUCCACAUCGCGCAGGAGUGGCUCGACAAGCUGCCGCCACCGUCCUACGAGGAGCGGUACGUGCUCACGCGCGCGUCCAGGAACCGCGAGCUCAACAAGCACGCGCGCCUGGGCUGCCAGGUCGUCCUCACGCCGGAGCUGCAUGGCAUGGUCGUCGCUGUCCCCGAGCCUAAGCCGUGGGACAUCCCGUAAUGGCCUGCCGCGACGAAUGGCAAGGUGCGGCUUUCGACGCUGUGAGCCUUCCUUCAUUCCCCUGGCUCGGUCAAGCUUGUGCGCCUCUGCCAUACCCUUUUAUGUUACGGAUUUGAUGAAGAAUAAUAGUUUGAUGGGAAAAACCUGCCAUUGGUUAACUUUUGUUCUUUUGAAUGUGGAGUGUAAUGGAUGCUGUAAUGUGGAAUCCCGUUGCAAUUACCGCAGUUCAAUGUUUCAUGGUUUUAAGUUUUGUA